AUGCCAGAAGUGGUCUUUCCACUUACGUCACGAGGAUUUACAGAGCUUACAACUGUGAUCAUCGAUCACAGUCUCACUUCGCCAACAUUAACUUCUCACUUGACGUGUUUGCAGAUCAAUAGCAAUGGUUUCAUCAAGAUCGCUAGGGGAGGUGCUGGCCGUGCUCUUCGGCACCUCGACUUGGCCUUCUGUGAGGUCUCUCUCUCGGCCAUCAAGAAGCUCAGGGGCAUCGUCAGGACAGUGACCACGGUGCAUUGCCCACUCUCUCUCGCGUUUCGCUCUUAG